AUGGAUUUAGUUUGGAUAAUUAAAAUUUUGCACGGUAAUGCGACUCAGACUGAUUCAAACACUGAACUGAACAAUCAGCGAGCAUUGUAUACGGAGGAUGUGUCAGUGAGAAGAGGAAAUGUUACCGUGGAUAAUUGGCAAAUGCGAUCAUCUGGUGAAUGGGUUUACGUUGAAGUGCUUCAAGAAGAUCGUUCAUCACCUGUUUUGGUUCCGAUCUCAACCAUCGAACCUUUGGAUGAUACUUCAUCCGUUUCGGAUGUUUCAGAUGAUUUGUUAUCAGUUUCCGAGAUUUUAGAUGCUCAAUCAUUUAAUCUUGAACCUGUUCACGAAUGUGAUUUAUCAUUACCUAUCUCUCCACAGUCACUGUACAACAAAACACAUAAACAGUUGCUUUCCCGAGAAUCUUUUCAUGAUGAAUCCAUAAUCCACCAUACAGAAUCACAUGCACAGUUGCAACACACUAAACUUCGUCCAUCGUUCUUUCCACAUAUUUUGAAAAGCAUAAUCUGUGAUUCCGUUAAACCGAAACUUCAUAACCAGGAAUUGCAAUUAUUGGAAUAUAAUACAAAUAUUAUGAAGCCAGUGGCGACUGAUUUGAACUCGGUCGUAUCGAUUGUUGAAUCCUUAGAAGCGAGAUUAUCAGAGACAGUUAAAUGUGCAAAUAUGGGUGAGAAAGCGGUUAAUUACAAGAAAUUAAAAUCUCAACAAUCUUUUAAUAAAUUUAAAAGAUUGAAUACAGCAUGUCGCGUUGCCGCAGAAGGCAAAAUUAAGCAACGUUCUAAAAAAGUUGCAAGAUUCUCUUCAGGCUUCAAUAAUAAUCGUAAGGUCAAUAGAUGUUGA